AUGCCUCGACUGAAGGCCAUCACUACUGGUUCUGUGCCUUCUUUCCUCGAUGUCGUUCUCAACAUUGACGAAGGCGAUGAGUCUUCAAGCCUCGCGUCGCAAGACACCUGGUUGGCUCAGAUGAAGGCAAAGGGCACAGGAAAACUUGUAAUGUACGGGGAUGAUACUUGGUUGAAGCUCUUUCCGGGUACAUUUGAUCGUGCUGAUGGUACCACGAGCUUCUUUGUCGCGGUAAAUUCUUUCGCUUGUAUGGCAGGUGUCGGCAUUGUGCUAACCCCUCAUAUGGUGCCGAAGCAGCGGGAAAUGGAUGGUAUCGUCAGCCAGAUAUACAAGGCCAUAGAAACCCAAGACCACCUCAAGUCAACACUUUUUGUUCUCUGUGGAGAUCAUGGAAUGAAUGAUGCCGGCAAUCACGGCGCCUCGUCGCCUGGCGAAACUUCACCGGCCCUUCUGUUCAUCUCCCCCAAGCUCAAGAGCCUUCAGAAAAACCAAGACUCUCCGUUACCAGAUGCCGAAGACUUUCAAUUCUACUCGACCGUUGAACAGUCUGAUCUGGCACCCACUUUGGCUGCGCUUCUAGGAUUUCCUAUUCCCAAGAACAACCUGGGUGUCCUGAUCCCCGACUUUUUGUCAAUCUGGCCGAAGAAAGCCGACCAGGCCUAUCUGCUGCAUCAAAAUGCGCGCCAGAUACAAACCGUCAUCUCGGCUGCAUCGGGUACCAAAACUUUCGACGGUGCUUUACCCGCAGAAUCCUGUGCCAGCCCGACGUCCGACUAUGAACAACUGGCCUGUGAAUGGCAAGGUCCCUCAAACACUCUCAUGUCCGCGAGAGUUGGUGACGAUAUGGACUCCCAAUGGGCAUUGCCUGUUGUCACGGUAAUGCCCAACUUACCUACACAACACUCUGAUCUGCAUCUGAUCCAGCUAACCAUCUUCCAGUGGCUUCGCAAGGCUCAAGAGCUCAUGAGCGGCAUGGCGAGCAACUACGACAUGUCCCGACUCAUCCUAGGCCAAGUCACCGCCCUCCUCGCCGUAAUCUUCAGCCUAAGCGCCACAAUCAAAACCGUCUCCCCGACCCGUUCUCUCACCCCCUUACUGGUGAUUUCCAUAGCCUACAGCGUUAUGAUGUUUGCCAGCAGCUAUGUCGAAGAAGAGCAGCACUUUUGGUAUCUAGCAACGAGCACCUGGUUUGGCUACCUCACUCUCCGCGGAUUCAAGCGCACCAACACCACCUUUCCCGCCCACCUCCUCCUCACCGCCUUCCCCGUCCUCGCCUCCCUCCGCCUCCUUCGCGCCUGGAACCAAACCGGCCAAAAACACGCCGGCACGCCGGACAUCGUCAAACUCUUUAUCGAACCCCACCCCCACUUUCUGUGGUUGCUCGUCGGCCUCACCUACUUCUGGACCCACCGGCAGCUCGUGUACUCCUUCCACGGCCGUAUCCCGGUACCCAUCAACUACCCUGUCAUGACGGGGCUAGUUUUGGCCGCGUUCACUUUCAAGGCAGCCUUCACGCUCGAGGACGCUCCCGAGUUGGUGGUGGAAUUCGUGAAGAGUAGUUUGCUUGAUUUCACGAGGGGCGCGAGCUUGAUUGCCCGCGCCCGCGCGGUGUUUGUCGGUCUAGGACUGGUGGCGAUGGCGGCAAUGGGGUUUAUACUUUGGGAGAUGGGGACCGGGGGCCGUAAACGGUCACCCAGAAAGGUGCCGGCCGAGGCGAUCACCACCCUUCAACACCUCUACACCAUCCUCGCCCUCACACAAAGCCGGACGGCCAAUAUCCCCCUCUUUCUCAUCUUCAACCUGCUUUACUGGUUCCUGUCCAGCGAGAUCGAUGCCCCGGACGGUCAAAGGCUGUCGACCGUUGAACUAGGAAUUUCUUCACUCCUACUGCAGUAUGCCUCCUUUUUCGCUAUGGGCGGGAGCAACGCGAUUUCUUCCGUGGACCUAUCUAACGCCUACAACGGGGUGAGCAAUUUCAACGUUAUCCUGGUCGGCGUCUUGACGUACGUGGGGAACUGGGCGGGACCGGUGUGGUGGGCUUUUGGGACGGUGGUGCUUUUGGGGAAGAUAUGGCGGAGAGAUCAGAGACAGAAAAGGUUGGGUAGUGGUAACAAUGGGAAAAGAGGGAGCGAGGAAAAGGAGGAAAGGGCGGAAGCGAAACAGAUGCUUGAAGGGGGGCAAAUCAGUCCGUUCAAGAUCUAUGUUGCCGUGACGACGCUGUUUACCGCGGUCAGUGUCGCGGCGGUUAUGGCGGCUUGUACGAUUCUUAGGACGCACUUGUUCGUGUGGACGGUAUUUUCCCCAAAGUACUUGUACUGCGUGGCUUGGAGCUUGGGGCAGCAUUUGGUGGUUAAUGUUGGGCUGAGUGGGUUGUUGUUUUGGCUUGGGUCAUUGUAGGUAAAGUAUGAGGUGGUACAAUCUUGUCCAAGAGGACGAGCCCAAGGAAGGG